GUUGUUGGUCCCCAGUGCUGAGGUGCCCACGGACCAGAGAGCACACGAUCGCAUCGGAGGAGGCGUCGUCUCAACUUCUUCUUCUUCUUCGACAUUUCUGCUACUGCCCCUCGGCCAUCCCAACGCAACGCACCGUUACCCGUGGUCCGACACUCAACACAACGAAUAAGCAGAUGAUAGGGCUUUCGAAACUUAGGAUUUCGUAUGCCAGUUGCAGCUGAUAUUCACUUUUGGCAGACAUUCGAACCCAUAAUAUUAAACCAACUCGGAGGAAAGGUGUAUAAAUUGAGCUCUGCGGACAGAUGUGUUUUUUCGCUCCGAAUUAAAGGUUCGUCUGCUCGGAUAAAGGCAGAUCUGGCUGAACAAGGACCAACGCUUGAGAAUCGUCGGGAGUGAUCAGUACUCGGAUGGUGGUGUGUCCAUUGGGGUAUCGUUUUCAUGUGAUUGUGCGAGAGUGGUGAUACGCAUUCAUCGAAAGAAGUAAGCAUACUCGGAAGUGAGAGAGAAUGAGAAUGUGUCCAGCGGAACUUUUGGCCACAAACGCACCGUUAUUGGAAACCACUCCCAAACUCACCGCUGGAAACAACUAGUGAGCAAGAUGGGUUCGUCGUCGACCCGGGCCUCCGAAGUGGCCGCCCUCCUUCGGGAAACGCGCUGGAACAACAGCGGGGGUGAGGCUGGGAGUUAUCUGACUGAUAUUGUCAAGUCCGGACAGAUAUUGCCCCUGGUGGCGAAAGUGAGUCAAGGUUCCUACUCGGGGCUAACGGCUGGCUGUCAUGUGCUGCUCAUUUCGUGUGGCCACACCCACUCGCUCGUAGGACAGUGUGUCAAAUUUAAAAAGAAAACGGGCGUCUCCACGACCACGAGAGUGUCGCCCUUUGGCCCCACACUCCUCAUCCCCUCCACCUUCCAGGGUCAUUUCGAAAUACUGAACGAAGAGGGUCGCUCCGUCCCCAGUUUCCUCAGCGUCGAAGCCAUGUCACGUUCAGGGACCAAGAGUUGCCUGGUUCGUGACCCGUUCAAAGCUUGGUUGGCGGAAGGGGACGAGAAAACGUACCGAAUUGGGAGCAAGAGUCGAACGCUCUUACCGGGUGAAGUGAUCACACUGGUCGGAGUGGUCAGCGUCCCUUCAAAGUCGAACAAAGUGGUGGGAAAGUACGUGCGGUGCUUGGACCAGGAUAAACUGACCGUAUUCCUCCCGUGUGGUGCCAAGGGCAAGUUCAGCCCAGUGGCUGGCGGAUGUGGCGAUCAAACGGGAGAUGGGAUUGGAGGGGUACACACAACGAGAGGAAUUCUGAGCAAAAGACUUCCCCUCAUGGUGCGUCUUGUCGAAGGAAGACCUCCGUCGAACGGACGAAACUUUAAGUUCUUUCCAGAGCUGAGACUAUACUCCACGCUGAAGGAACAACUCCUGUUCGCCCUGCCCCUCUCACCCAGUUGGAAAGAGUCGCUCGUGCCCCUCCCAACCUCAGCCCCCCUCAAAUUCCAAGUGGCCAAGAAUAUGGACGAGUUGGAGGGUGUGGCACAGUUCAGCUCAGUAGCUCACAAAGCUGGCUGUCUCCUCCAUCAAGUCAAGGAUCGCAUUCAGAUAUACGACAUCAGUCUUCAGAAGGAACUACCUCGAUUUGACGGAAGGCAGUGGAAAGCAUACGCCCCACCCAUUUUCCUCACCCCGAAGAAGGAUGGUACGACCCUUAUUGUGAGGAGCGAGAGUCACAACAACCCCAUUUCCGGCGGUCAAGGUCCGGACGAGGAGGAGGAAGAAGAAGAGUAUCAAGACAUUGACGAACUCUACGACUACGUGCGUGGCCUAAAACCGUCUCCGCCAAACACUGGUCUCACAUCUACCACCUCAACCAACAGUCCUCAUAAUAAUAAACCCUCCACGCCCCAAACGACCCUGGUCACCAUUACCUCCUCGGGACCGGACGUUAUAGCUCACGUCACCAGUAACAACAACCACGACCGAGUGAAUCACCAUCCCCCCCACACUCCAGAUGUGUCCAUGCUCAAAUUUAACAAGAAUGACGAGGGGUUCUCAGAAUUGCCUCCUCAACCGCCGCCCAUCGAAACCAUCCCGUCCCGCCUCAACAAGACCUUCGCCGCCCACCCCCAAGACCUACUACCCAUCAGUCUCCUAAACUCCAAAAACAGUGACAGAGAAACGCACCACCAUCAUCACAUCCACCACCAUUACGGGACGCAAAUACAAAUCCAGAUCCGAGCAGAUAACGAGGACAACAACAACGACAUUAUCAAAUACCACCACCAAUUAACAAAAGGGGUUCUCAUCACUACCACCACGACGUCCACCACUGGAGGAAGCAGUUCCAAUAACAACAAUAAGAAACCGUUACAAUUGGACUCUGCAGGUGGCUCCGUCUCAACCACGCCCACAAACACGUCUGGUUCUGCUCAAUCUUCCUCAUCCUCAAAUUCAAACUCCAAACAGUUGAGAACGGGGGGUGGGCUUUACAUUAAGCACGGCAAUGGUGGCAACAACAAUAAACACGGGGGCCUUGGGAUGGACCAUCAACAAGGCCACCAUUAUCAUCACCACCACCAUCAUCCGGCAGAUGCCAACCACAAAAGUAGUCAACCGGCCCACAUUUUCCGUCGUUGCCCAAUGUUUGACACGCGUUACAAGUCUCUGACAGACCUGAGCAAUCCCUUGGCUAACGGUGGGGGAGGAGGGCUUUACUUUGGAGGGAGGGGCAGCUUGACUAAUCUCACGAGCAACCAGAUUAGCAUGGAUCCCGUGGUGAGAGUUGGUAACCCGAGGCCAAAGUCCCUCUCGAACAUGUUCGCCUUGGAUGACAUGGUUCAAAAUCACCAUCGCCAUCCUCAUGGCAGCGGUGGUGGAAGUAGUGGCAACGUGAGCAGAACGGUGGGGAUGGGCGUCCGGAAGCGGAUCACUGAGCUCGUCCUUGGAGGGGACAGCAAGGGCAAGAGCUCCAGCCAACGUUCUGCUCGUCACUUCCGGAAGGCAUCCCUCCAACACUCCUCCCUUUUCCUCUGAUAAAAAAGCGUGAAUUGUCCCCCAAACCACUUGCUCAAGUCCUCCACGAAUAAAGAUGACCACCACCCAACCCCCUCCAAACUGACUGAUUAAAUAGAGACGACACGACGAAGGAAAAUAACGACGCAAGAGUGCGAGCUCUUAUCUGAAGAGGAGACCACCUCCAUUAUGAUAAGCGGCCAAAAAAUGUGUGCCACACUAUUAUAUUUGCUACAUACAUUAUUAAGAGUUAUACAAAAGAGCUAUUAUAUAUCAUAAAAAAUAUAAUAAAACAUUAUUAUGCAUAAAUUUGCUCCAUA